CAAAGCGGAGUUCACCAAUGUACAGGGCAGGGAGAGUGUACCAAGUGGCCGGCUGUAGAGUCACCGAGUGAUAUGUGUGUGACGAGAAGGGAGAGCUGCUGGCACUAUGUGCAGCGCCGCUGAGAAUGGGCUCACAGGAGAGUAGCUCAGAGAGCAGUGUCUAUUACCCACUGAGCCCCUACAUGCUGAACAGCAGCGCAGCUCCGGGGAGCGAGAGCGCGGCCACCCGCAAGGAGCUGAGCCCGGCCUGGAAGAUCAUUGUCAGUAUCGUUAUGUCGGUCAUGGUGCUGGUGAUCGUGUUCGGUAACGUGCUGGUGAUCACGGCGAUCGCCCGCUUCCAGCGGCUGCAGACGGUCACCAACUAUUUCAUCACCUCGCUGGCCUGUGCAGACUUGGUGAUGGGGCUGAUCGUUGUCCCGUUCGGUGGGGUCCGCAGUAUCACCGGUGUCUGGUACUUUGAAAAUUUCUGGUGCGACUUCUGGACCUCGCUGGAUGUUCUGUGCGUGACGGCGAGUAUUGGCACCCUGUGUGUGAUCGCCCUGGACCGCUACCUGGCUAUUACCUCGCCUUUCCGCUACCAAACGCUGCUGACCAAGUGCAAAGCGCGGCUGGUGGUGCUCCUGGUGUGGAUGGUAGCGGCUCUCACUUCCUUCCUGCCCAUCUACAUGGGCUGGUGGAGGCUGGAUGACCCGGACUCCCAGAAGUGUUACACCGACCCCAGGUGUUGCGAGUUCCUCACCAACAAAGAGUUCGCCAUCUCCUCUUCCAUUGUAUCCUUCUACUUGCCCCUGCUUGUCAUGGUCUUCCUCUAUACCCGGGUCUUUCAGGAAGCCAAGCAGCAGCUCAAGAAGAUCAACAAGUGCCAGGGUCGCUUCCACAAUCACAACAACAACUUGAACCAGCCUGCCCCUCCUGUGAAUGGCAAAGCUGCCAAACAGGGGCAGAAAAGGACGCCCAGGUUUCUCAAUCUGAAGGAGCACAAAGCUCUGAAGACGCUGGGGAUUAUAAUGGGCGUCUUCACCCUCUGCUGGCUGCCCUUCUUCGUGGUGAAUAUCGUCAAUGUCAUUUUUAAGGACAGCAUCUCCAACACCGUGUUCACUUUCCUGAACUGGGUGGGCUAUUCCAACUCGGCCUUUAACCCGCUCAUAUACUGCCGCAGUUCGGAUUUCAGGCAUGCCUUUAAGACGGUGCUGUGGGGCUGCCGGGGCUCGCCGCCGUCCACCCACCACAGCAGUUAUCCCAAUGACAACCCCGUGCCGAGCGAGGAUCGCCUGAUGAACGGUCUGCCCUGCAGCUUCGAAGGAGCAGCGCCUGCAGCAGCGAACUGCAGCCCCGAGCCCGAUGGCAAUGAACACAGGCUCCUAGAUUCGGUCAUAUAACAGCGGCGGCGGCGGCUAACCGACACCCCCACAACCAGUGGAACCCAGCAACAGGGGGCACACGAACUUGAAACUGAGUAAGACGAGAUGUUCCAGCUCGAUUCCGCUUGUACUUUUCAUGCAUUCGCCUACCUCAUAACUCUGUGAACGCAAUGCAAGUACGUUGUGGUGAAAGUGUAUGAACCCCCAGCCCGCCCCGCGGGAGAUGUAAGCCAGCUCAGUAAAAUAGAAGGACAAUUCUUGAAUGUUGCUACAUGAGCAUUAACGAAGUGUUUAAAUGUUUACAACUCGCAUGACGCCUAUAUAUAAAGGCCAUGUCGACCUUACUGAAAGCAUUUUUGCGCCCUCUUUAUCCCCUUGGAUGCUCACUGCUUUUAUAAGGGAUUGUGAUCUAUAUGACAAAACAUCGGGUGAUUUUACUCGGCUGAAGAAGGGAUCUCAGUGUAAUGGAUUGUAGAGGACAGUUGCUGGAAACAUUGGAGUCAAAUAGUGAGUCAGUACAGUAGCUGUUAGGCAGUGAGAAAACGGAGAUGUGCAUUGCGGUCACUAAGUAGGGAGAUCGCCCAACCUCUCAACAAGGAGAAAUGAGUGGGAUAUCUAUAUAUGAGGAGGAGGAAGGGCCCAGUGUAUCCGACUUCUCCAAGUUAGAUGUCCAACAGGUCCGCAACUGCGUGCGCGCAGUUCGCGUUCGGAAACACCCCACCCCUUCCCAUUUCUUUCCUUAUCCACGAAUUUUCGUAAAAUGGAAAUCAAACGUGUGUGCUCAUUUGCCGGCGCGUUCACAUUCUUGUGUCUGUACUUGUACUGUGGUGUGUUCGUUGUGACCUUUAAGUGCGUAACUGUAUUUUGCAACGUUGCACUUUUUCGAGUCAAACAGUGCUGUAGCUCUUCUGGACGUUUCUCUUUACAAUGAAGGUGAGGCUUGUCAUUUUCCAUUCCCCGCCCCCCAUUCGUUCCGCAGAUUGAGACUGCGUGGUUUCACGUGAAUAAGUGUCGAUCAACAACAACAAAAACUUUUUUAUAGUAAAUAAUUACCUUGUAGCAAUGUCAGUCAAAAGCUAUCCUACUGAAAUGUUAACCUGAGCUUUCUGUGGCAUUGUUUAGUUUGAGUCCGGGUAUUGGAAUUUUCUUGUACGCCAACGCUUGGAGCGGAUCUUUGUGGGAUUAUGUGCAAUAAAUGCUCGUUAUUUCGGCGCUGAACAGGCAUGGGGCAGUUCAAUGUUUACUUGAUUUCUGAGUCGAUAUAUUUUCGCACAACGUCAAAACAAAACAUAAAGUUAUUUUGGUCUUUCAUAUGAAUUCAGGUAAUUAAGAAAUGAAACAAUUUUGGAUAUUUAUUAUUUAGAAUCAAUAUUGGCUGUUAUUCGUGUACAAUAAAACUUUAUAUCUUCAAAUCA